CUUGAAGGUGUCAUGUAUUGUGCAGUGGAACAAAAUGCUGUUUAAAUUUCACAUUUUUCUGUAUCUUUCAUUGACCGUCAAAUUGUCAAAUACUGCCAACAUCCUUUACAUUGCAGCACUAACUUCUACAAGUCACACUAUAUGGCACCGUCCGUUGAUCCAUGCACUGGCCGCCAAAGGUCACAAUUUGACGGUGCUCGCUGUUGACGUGGAGGACGACCCACCGCCGAACGUAGCCUACGUCAAAAUCGAAGGAGCCUAUGAAGCGUUCGCCGAAGAAGCCGACGAGUUUAUGGCAAUGGAAAUGAGCAAUCCGUUCAAAAUAAUUUCCGAAAUGAAACAAUUUACGAUCGCAUUUUGCAAGUAUGUACUCGGUAGCCAUGGUUUCGAUCAGUUCAAAGCCUACCCGGAUGAUUUCAAAAUCGAUGUGAUUCUGAAUGAUUAUCUCUCCGGUUCGUGUCUGUCGGCCUACGCUCAGCACAAGUUCGGUCGUCCAGCUUACAUUGGCUUGACGGCUUACCUGGCCCAAGUGACCACACUGACUAUGACAGGAGCGUUCUCUUUUCCGUCGUUGAUUCCGUAUCACAUGAGCGACGUCAGACAGCCGAUGAGCUUCCCGCAACGAUUCGUGAACUUUUUACUUUACAUUUACGAAGAAAUUUCAAAAUACUCUCAGAUUCUACCAGCUCAGAAUCGAAUACUGAAACAACUUCUACCAGAUAUUCCGAAUGUUGGUGAGCUGGAACGCGAUGCGCGGUUGGUUUUGUUGAACUCCAAUCCCGUGAUCCAGUUGUCAGAACCGAUGAUGCCAAACGUCAUUCCCGUUGGAGGGAUGCAAAUUAUUCCGCCGAAACCUCUUCCAGAGGAUUUGGAACAAUUACUCAAUGGUACCGAGUAUCCGGUAGUUUUGUUUUCAUUAGGUUCUAAUGUAAGAAGCGAUAAGUUGGGAAGUAAAACGAUCGGUGAUAUUUUGAGCGCCAUGUCAGAGUUAAGUGAAUAUCAGUUUCUGUGGAAGUUUGAAUCGGAAUUGCGAGAGUUUGAGAUACCGUCAAAUGUUCACAUGCGUCAGUGGAUUCCACAAAAUGAUCUGUUGGCACAUCCCAGAGUUCAACUGUUCAUAACGCACAGUGGAUUACUGAGCACACAGGAAGCGGUUUGGCAUGGUGUUCCGAUCAUUGGGUUUCCGAUGUUUGCAGACCAGUUUGCAAACAUCGAAUACUGCACCCAACAAGGCGUCGGAAUUCGCUUAUCGCUUCGCUCCUUCGAAGCUCAACAUUUAGUGGAUGCUGUCCGAGAGAUAAUGCACAAUCAGAAGUAUCGGGAGAAUAUGGCGAAACUGUCCAAAGUAUUCCGAGAUCAACCGGAGUCUCCACUGGACCGUGCCGUUUGGUGGGUCGAAUGGGUCAUUCGAAAUCCGGACGCCCGAAUGAUGCAAUCCAGUGCCGUCGAUCUGCACUGGUUUGCCAAAUACUCAAUCGAUGUGAUAACCGUGAUUGUGCUGGCCCUGGUGGGUUUGGUGUGUUUGGAGUGUUGGAUCGUGCCGAAAGUGGCCAGGUGGCACAGGAACCGAACGGUCAAUAGAAAGAAGAAACAACAAUGAUGAGGAAUUUCGUAUAGGUGAUUUUUUGACAGUCUACAGUGUAAAUGGAAGAAAAUAUUUCAGGGCUAGAUUUGUGACAAAAGAAUAAAACAAAACCAAAGUUCUACCGUUAAAAUUUUUUAUACAUUAUUAUUACCGAAUAAAUUAAGAUCUGGAUCAGUUCUGGCUUCAAGCCAAACUUAAAUUUUGGACAUUCUAGAUCAUUAAUUCCCGGAAAAAUCAAUUUGCAAUUUCAUUGGCAAAGAUAUGUGAACAAAACAAACCCCAAAAGUAUAAUUUAAUCAAACAUUUCCUGACCGAACACCCUCGACAAAAAGUAAGCACAAUGUUGAUGAACAGGAUUUGGAAUCCACUUUUCCCAAUAGUACUCGAAAUAACCAAAAAUCAAUGAAACUGUGCGCUGUUUGGAAGGAAAAUAUCCUGAACUCAACUUCUCAAUUUUCCCCAGUACAGUACAGUCAUUGGCCGGCGCAGUGCUUCCUGAAUGAAUGUCCUGACUGCCCGGACAAGAACAACAGGCAAAAGGACCUUCUCAAAAGGCAGUGGCAGUUACUGGCUGUGAAUGUCAUACCUUCUGGACCGUGGCAGAUAUGUGUCGGUUUGAUUUGCUCUAUUUUGAACACACAACUGAAUUGGAUGAUGUUUCGAGGUUCGAGUCAAUAAUCCGAUUACCGAACCCACCUGAUU